GCUACCCCAGUGGUUUCCUGUUGAAAAUGUCUGUAAUGUAGAUAAAUGUGAGGGAUUUUCUCUCCAAAUCCGUCUCCUAUUCGCUAAAUCUCACUUCUCCACAACGAGCCUGCGCAAUGGAACAAAGUCGGAAUAUUGAGAUGUGACAUUGCCCGCAUCUCAUCCGCGUUCUCGCUUUUAAUGACUUCAAACAAGUUCAUUUUUGCUGGGCUUUUGCAGAAGACCCAAGGGGAUGUCUGGCGGUCAUUUCUUUCAUUGGCAUUUAUGUGAUGUCUUCAAGUGUACCAUGCGCUGUCUCUCGAGCACCCACACCCUCUCUCUGGUGCUGUGCGUCCUCGCGUUGACGCCCGCGACAUUGGAGGCGGUGCCGGAGACCCUGUGCGGGGCGGAGCUUGUGGACACGCUGCAGUUUGUGUGCGGAGACAGGGGCUUUUAUUUCAGCAAACCGACAGGAUAUGGACCGAGUUCAAGACGGUCGCACAACCGCGGCAUCGUAGACGAAUGCUGCUUUCAGAGCUGUGAACUGCGGCGGCUGGAGAUGUACUGCGCGCCUUUGAAGUCCGGCAAAGCUCCACGAUCUGUACGGAGGGAAAGGCAUACAGAUAACCCAAGGACACCAAAGAAACCCACAUCUGGAAAUAGCCACUCCUGUAAGGAAGUUCAUCAGAAGAACUCGAGCCGAGGAAAUACAGGAGGCCGAAACUAUCGCAUGUAGACCUAAAUUGUUGGACAACUACAAAAAAAAAAAAAAAAAACGACAAAAAGAAAGCAAAGUCAUCCAGAGACAUUCUUCACUGUAAAAACAGCAAGAUACUGGAUGAAUAAGCCCCAUAAUUGGGGUAAAAGAUGGGUUGGAAAAUAAACAAAAUUAGCUGCUAUAAAAGUCAAAUAAAAACUGUUUCUUUACCUCUUUGUGUGAACUUAUGCGCCCAGUGGAUGGCAUUGCUUGAUAUUGCCCAAAUAUUGACCCUUUUAAAUGCCAAUUCACAUCAAUGUGCUGAGGUCCAUAUUCCACUGAUUUUUCAGACAGGACAGCCAUUGGAAAAGAGGUAAGAGGUGACUGGUGGAAAGUUCAUGUGCUUCAUCAAAGGCAGAGCUACAGCACCACAAGUUGUGGUCCACAACCCAGCCUCGACUACCCACCAUACAUCACAAUAAGGAUCCAGUUUAAUCUUUGAAAAAAUAUCAUUCUUAUCUAUUCAAAAGCUUAUUUGAUCUUCUACGUGCACAUCCUGCCUGUAUGCAAAAUGUUCGCAAGCUUCACCGCAUGGCAGACGAUUCAUGACAACAGACGCCGUCUAGAUGCCGUAGACCAGAUGGAAACCUGACUGCACAGAGAUGGAGAGUUUUGGUAAAAAAAAAAAUCUCUCAAGAUCCGAUCAAGGGGGAUUACACAAAAGCCUUGGGCACAGGCACAAAGGUGCUCAAGCGUGGGUUUGAGAGAUCAUAAUCCUGGCAAUUUCGGUUUGGAAGAACAUGACCUACAUCCUAAAAUGCAUCUUGUGUUUUUAUUUGCGUCCAUACCUAGGGAGGUACAAAGCUACUCACAAGCAGUUAUCCGCAUGCAUUUCCACCAACAUGUCUGCAGAGGAAAGACAACCAACCACACCACGAAAACUACAAGUAAUCGUAAUGUAUACAAGAAGAACGUCCACACAGAGUCACCAUAUAGCCAACCUGAGUUCGACAACUUACCAUCUCUCUAAAGGACUGAGAAGCCGUUUGCUUUGCAUACAUGCAGGAAGUCAUGUUUGAAUCACGUUACCCAGACUUUUGAAUCUUUCUGGAAAAAGACUGGUCACGUUACCCAGACUGAUACUCAAUACCUCCAUGAAGCACGGUCCAAGCCACCAGGGGGUUUCAGAGUUUGAACCCUGUUUGUUUGCACAUCCCUUCUCACCCCGCAUUAUGAUGUCAUUCUAUCUGACUUCGAUCCACACUCUCUGUACAUCUAUACUCAAACUAUAUUAAUAUCCGCAUUCUUUAACUAUAAUUGUAUAUGAUGGGAUGUUAUAACCGAUCCAUAUAAAUGAUCAACCCACUGUUUUCUGGUGCUAUUUUGUAGUUUGAUAAUUGCAGGUGUUGACUUUAGAUGCUCUUCCCAUUUGCACAGUCUUGUGACCAUCAUUGUAAUAUUGGGGAUGAGCGGGGCACAAACUAAAGCAAGGGUUAAUUGUAACGCAGCUACUUUACAUAUUUAUGCAUGGCCGAGCAAUCUGUGCUUUUGGUUUUUUUUACUGUCAGAAGAUGAUCUCCUGUGAAUUAGUGAAAAGUUUUGAUGUGUUUUGGUUAAGAUAUUGAACAAAGAGUGUUUUGAGGGCAUAAAAGUGAAUUUCUUUAUGUUUUUUCGCUUUCUGAGUUGGGUGUGUAAGUGUAAUUUUCUAGCAGGUGUUACAACAAACCAUCUCUUUGUUACAAUUAACACCACCUAUGGGGUAAGUUGUAACGUUUGCACUCCUGUCGCAUUCGGUGUAAUUGUACGAUAACGGUAGGUCCCACAAACAAACUUUAAAGGAACAGUAUGUAGGAUUGUGGCCAAAACUGGUACUGCAAUCACAAAACUUGUGGCUAAAACUGGUACUGCAAUCACACAACUGGUGGCCAAUACACAAAAUGACAACAUAAACAUCAGUUGAGGGCUUUUUAAAUAACAAUAUCCUGGCCGGACCACUGUUGUCAGUGAUACAAGUAUUUGAAACGAAAAUGAUUUCUUAAUGUCUAGUGACAUAUCAGAGCCAUUUUAUGAUUAAUAAAUAUCAUUUUUUUACAUACUGUUCCUUUAAGUGUUAAUUUCUAACAGAGAUGUGUGAGUUGAUUGUGUAAAAAAAUGAUUAAUCUAACUUUUUUGAAUGAUAGAGCCAAAGUCAAAAUGCAUUAGGUUGUGCCCCGCUCUCCCCUAUUAUUUUUUAUUAUUAUUUCAAUAAUGUAACAGUGUAAGCAAGUGAAAGGUUUUUUUAUUUCAUGGAUAAAAAAUGUUGCAGUUCAGAGUUAAUUUUUAAAUGUUUUGUUCAUUCAGGAUGCUUAAAUUAUUAAUCUUAAAUUGAUAAUCAUCCCCAUGCCAAAAACCUUGACAGGUAGUACUGUGAAUUCUUGAACAUUACCAAGCUUUUAAAAGUCACAACUUAUGCGCACUUUUAUGGCACCAAUUUUACAACAUACAUGAUGACUUUGCAACUGCACAACCAAGCUGGUUACAGUAUAAUUUUGGGAAAUUUGAUGCCUGGCUGACACAGUGCAUGCUUAUUCUGGCCUGAUGUUUUUCUUUUAACUUUGUUUUAAAAGAUGUUUUACUCAUCAAUAUGCUUAAGGAGGUUUAUUUGGAAGUUACACCAAAUUAAAGGUGCAGUGUGUAGAUUUUAGUGACAUCUAGUGGUGAGGCUGCGAAUUGCAACAAAUUGCUCAGUCUACACUGCCCUACAAAGUCAAAGCGCAGUAACUACGCAUUUGAGUUAAGGGUCUCCUGGUUCAAUUUUGUCCCAUUUCAGAGAAACGUGUGUUCUCACAAAAUUGCAGUAACAUGUUUGACUGCCUGGUGUAAAAACUUUAAGGGCUUUUUUCUCGGUUUCAGUGUUUGUGUAGUUACUGCACUUAGCCUUUGGAGGGCAGUACAGCUCACCGCUUACACAGAAAAGCUACGAUAGACGCCACAGGAAAAACCUAAAGUCAUCUGAGACAACAGUUGAAGAAACAGCAAUGUGAAGCCACUUUUAUGGUUACUUUAGAAACAUGCCGACUUCCAUAUAAAAUGUGUAUUUAGAUAAUGACUUAUUCUACACUGUAAAAAUAAAAAGUUGACUUAAAUUUUCAAGGCAACUUGCUGCACAGUUUUUUUGAGUUUACUUAACUCUUGGAUGAUGUAGUUCACAUAAAAAAAAAAAAAAUCUUUGUUCAAGUUACUUAAUUAUCUUUGUUGAAAGAACAUUUUGUAGUUGGAUCUUUUAAAAACAUUUAUAAAAACAUAAGUUAAUUAUGUAAGAUCGUUACCGAUGGUUUCAUCCGAUGCACGUGCGUUGUUGCGGUUAUGCGUUUGGACAGAACUUGACUUCCGGUGUCUGUUUGUUUAAUGGUCUGGCUAGUAGCUAAACUGAAUUCUGGAACAAACACCUUGACUAAAAUAACAAAUGUUUUGGUUACCUAAAUACAAGGAGAGACGGUGAUCAUGAAUCAACGCUAUGUAAAUGAAUGUUUGGCAGCCGAGUUAAGAUUGUACACAUUAUAUUGUACACAUAUAGUAAUGUUAGACCAGUGUAGGUUUUGAUACACUUUAGCUAUUAUUUUAACAAAGGUGAUCUAAAUGUUGUUUAUUUUGCCUGUUAUCAGAAAUAAACAACUCUUAAAAGGACUCGGUUGUUAUUAAUUCUUUGCAGAGUUUACCGGAAGUUACUUUUGUUCCACGAAAGCCGUUUAGGUUGCUGAAACCGUCUAUACAUUGCACACUGCACCUUUAAGUAAAAUUACACCAUCAGAGCAAACAAUAAAGGUUACUUAUACUUUAAAUAGCGGCACUACAACUAUUCAUAAGGGCAACUACCUUUUGUUUUUAUUGUUUUAAUAUUAGUUUGUAUUUUAAACCAGAGCAUACAUAUAUUAUCUUCUCAAUCAGCAUUAAGAAACAAUAGAAAAUUAAGAAUCAUAAGCAAUAGCCUUAGCCCACCCAGAAUAUCUCUAUAUUAUGUUUACAUGGUAACCAACCUCACAUAAUGCCAAAGAUUUUCCAUUUUCAUAGGUUUAUGACAUUAAUAGCUUUUGGCUAAUGUCUGGGCAGCACUGCAAAUGCUUCUUCAAUCUUCAAAUUAAAAACACACUAAGGAACAUAUUGUUAUGCUUAAGACUUGUUCACUGUACCUGCUGAAUAAACCACUUGUCAAUGA